AUGGCGGUCCGUGCGAUUCACGACCUCGCUCGCGCACAGGUCGAGGAGUUUCUCUCCGUCGCCACAUUCGACCUGUACGACACCGCCGAAGUCGUUUCGUUCGCGAACGCGUCUAUGUGCGGAACGUUGCCCAUCCGCUCCCUGUUCUUCGGGUUCCCACCGGACGAGCCCGAGCUUUUCUCCGUCGACCGCGACAUCCUCAUCACCCCCGUUCCACAACGGUGA